AUGGCCGAGUACCCGCGACACGUCGUCAACGAGUGGAACGUGGCCGUUGCUGAGAAUGUGUUUCGGCAUGGCGUACACUUCCUGCGCGGUCAGGCGCGGCGCGGAACUGCCAGGUCCAGCUCGAACAAGGCGGGAGGAGGAUCAGCAGAAGGGAUGGAGGCGUGCGCGGCAGCGGCGGUCUGCGAUGUUGUACGUGAGAUGCAUUGCUGGGAGGCCGGUGACGAGGAGACGCUGCCUGGGCUGAAUAUGACCAUACGGAUGGCGUUCCGGGAACAGGUGGACUGUGAUCCGAGCGAGGCUGUAGAGGAGGCGGUUCGGGUCAUGAUGGGACGGAAGGGCGGGGAUAAAAAGUGA